AUGAAUAACUCGGAACAGUCCCUCAUUGACGACUACGACAUUAACCCUUUAAUAACAGAUGAAGAAAAAACUAUUUAUGAAGUGGGGCUGGACAGCACGACCAACAUUGGCCUUUUCAGUUUGGCCCUGGCUGACCUCUUGAGCUCAGUGACUAUUGAGUGGUACUGCAUCAGCUUUAACCCGCUGCUCAUUCAUUCUGAUAUUAAUUUCUACCCGCCUGAGGUGCAGCACCUGACCGCCGGCACGCCUCACAGUGCGUUCGCUUGCAUAACGAACUGGAUCACGGCGUACAUAGCUGCUGAGAGAUGCCUGAGCAUUGCGUCGCCUCUGAAGGUGAAGCAGAUCUUGACUCCCAGGCGAACUGGCUUCAUCAUCGUGCUCAUCUAUAUCGGCAUUACCAUGCCGGUGGUGCCUGAGUACGCCACGGCGUACCUCGCGCCCAAGUUUUUCCCCGAGUUCAAUAAAACUUUGGUGGGCCUCGCCUUUAUUGAAGGCAGGUACAAUCUGGGAGGCAUCAGUUUGAUCAGCUACUCCAUCCUCACCUUUAUCUCUUUUAUAGCAGUCAUACUGUUCACUGCGAUUCUAGUCAUCCGACUCAAGCAGAAGACCAGCUGGCGUCGCUUAUCUACCUUCGACAAUGCCCAGUCUGAAAACAUGUCCCGGAGGGACAGAGCCGCCAUCAAGAUGGUUAUAGUUAUUGCCUCGCUCUUCAUCGUCAACUUCAGCCCCACGGUGGCGUUCUUCGGUGCUGUCUUCAUUGUCCCGGAGUUUAAUAUUACGGGCAAGUACAGGAACCUGUUCCUUGUGUCAGCUGCGUUCGCCUUCAUCACAGACGCUCUGAACGCUUCGAUCAACAUCGUGUCUUACUACACAAUGAGCACCAAGUACAGGCAAACAUUUCAGCAGGUGUUCCACAGGUGUUUUAAAAGGAAAUCUUUAGUUGAUAAGCAACAACAGAGAUUUGAUAGCUGA